CAGUUUAUUUAACUUUAGUCAUGAUGUUUGAGCUGAAAGGCUGUCUGUUCACUCUUAUCUGUGAGCAUACAAGCCCUUGUGUAAACUGAGAUGUAAAUUUAUAGUUGGUUUGAAUGCACUGUCACACCAGUCCAUCUGCAGCAGGUGCACAUUUAUACUAAGGGGAUAUUCGGGUUGUUGCAUUGGUUAAAUUAAGAUCUGCACGGUCAGAAAUGAAGUUAGUGAACAUUUAUCUCUUUGGGAUUUUUGCUUUUGUGUCAUCCGAUGUCAUUUCCACCUCAACAGAUGUGCAAAAGAUCACAAAGGCAAUUAAGAUGCGCAUCUGGAAUGAAAUAUUGCAGAUGAAAGAUUUGACACGCAAUGUUGCGACCAAUAGGAAGGCACCUGAGUUCAUGAUGGAGUUAUAUGAUGCCGUUGCGGACGCGAACGGAACGCUGAAAAACUCGAAAGUUCUGGAAGGGAAUAUUGUGAGAAGUUUCGAAGGACAGUCCAGCGGCUCAUAUCACUACUUUAAUCUGACAUCAUUCGGACAGGACGAGCGCGUGAUCAAAGCAGAAUUCCGAUGGUUUCGACGUAAACAUCCGUUUAUGGGACGUCAUCAUUUUUACAAAGUCGACUUGUAUGAAGUGCUGGACAGCAGACCUAAACCUUGGCGAGGGAAUUUGAUAAGCUCAAGGUUAUUACCUGUCUACACCAAAGGAUGGGAGGUAUUCAACAUCACACAAAUGGUGACCAAAUGGAUUCUUCACAGCGGUACAAAUAAUGGUAUCCUGGUCGUGACUGCUUUACCUUCAGGGAACUGGUUUGAGUCCACCAUUAAGAUGGACAAGCAGUCAGAUCGUGAGACAAAUGCAUAUCUGGUUAUAUAUUCAGAUGACGGACGAAAGUACUACACAGGACAAAAUAUCAACGCAUCCUUUAAAUCCCUGGAGCCUACAGAAAGUUCAAUGAAGUCAACAAUGCGGAAGCGCAGGAGCGUGCGUGCCUUAUCUUCUACAUGCCAGAGAACAAACCUCUACGUAGACUUCACUAAGAUCGGCUGGUCGGGGUGGAUAAUAUCUCCCAGAGGUUAUAAUGCGUACAGUUGCAUGGGCUCAUGUCCGUUUCCACUGGGCGAAGGUCUACGGGCUACGAAUCACGCUACCGUGAGAGCCAUCAUGAACGCGCUGAAACUAUCGCAGGAUGCGGGGAAACCGUGCUGUGUUCCCGACGUGCUUCACCCCAUCAGCCUCCUGUACUUCGAUGAUGAGGAAAAUGUCGUUCUAAAACAGUAUAACGACAUGGUUGCGGGCAGUUGUGGCUGCCAUUAAAAUACGAAACGGCGAAAUGUAAACUUAUGUUGCUGUGUACUGUGCCAAACUUUAAUCAAAUGUACAUUUAGUUGAUAUCGAAAUUAAAGAUAUUAAAUGCAA